AUGGCUCUGGCAUGUCCUGGCUUGUCGGUGCAGCGUCUGGGGGUGCCACCAGCACUUCCAGCACGGAGGCCCACAUGGCAAGCAGCGCACGACAACACCAGGCCCCAGCCAAGUGCCGCAGCCCUCUGUGGUGGCGUGGCGGUGGGCGUCGCCGCUCGGUGCCGCCGACGGGCAGAGGAGACAGAGGGCACCGAGGGACAGACGGAGGAGGUGGCUAGCAGCACUACGGAGGAAAGCAACUCGCUGGGUGCGCGGUUCAAGCGCUGGUGGCGAAAGAACGCCAAGAUGGAUUCCAAGUCCCUGCGGAAGAUGGGUCUCAUGUGCCUUUUAUCAUAUGGCUUCGUCUCAAAUGUGAAUGCCCUGCUCUUGAUCCUGUUGGCCACCUAUCGCUCGAUUGUGGCGACUGGCGCCAGCCCGCUGGCCAGCUCGGUGGCCUUGAAGCAAUUCGGCAUUACCUGGGCCGGACUUUACGUGAUUAGCAACAUAGUCCGACCAGUGCGGAUCAGCAUUGCUCUGGCCAUCUCCAAACCUUUUGACAACAUGGUCAACUGGCUUCAGGACAAGUUCAGCUGCAAGCGCUGGAUGGCUGUUGGACUUGUCGUCUUGAUGCUGAAUGUCGUCCUUACGAUUGCCUUCCUGUGGGGUGGUAUGCUGUUUGUGUCUUCGAUAACUGGCGUCAAAGUGGAUCCCUCCCAGUUUGGCACGCUGGUGAAAGCCGGCAAGGCUGCUCAUGCAAAGCACUAG